AUGAAUUUUGAAAAAAAAAGUGUUCUAAUACCAUUUGAUUGCAUUCUUUUUGUUGAGCAGGUGGAGAUGAUGCAGCUACAAGUACUCGCGUUGGUUUACCUGGCAUGCGUGUUGCCUGGAUGCUUCCUCCAGAGGUUGGGGGACGGCCAGAAUAGUGAGGACAAAUUUCGUCUUUCGGGCACAGAAGCUGGCGAAAUAGUUCCAGGGAAUCUGGAGAAUUAUGACGUCGAGGAUUAUAAUAGCAGUGACGUCAUUAGCCCUAGUAACAAUGAUGCCAUAAGUGCCGGUCAAUUUAUAGAUGGCGUGAAUGGUAACCAAGGAAUCGGCCAGGAAAAUGAUAAUGAUGUGAAGGUAUUUGGCAGCAGUGAUAUCAACAUCUAUGGAAGUCGUGACGUCAGACGGCCGGGUAAUUCGGAAGAUCGCGUGACUGGUUUUCUACUUCCUAACCACGAAAACAAUAAAGACGUGAAUAACUUUAGAAGCAAUGACGUCAAUAACCAUAUGGGUCGUGAUGACAUUAGUCCAGGUCAUUCUGAAUCCCGUGUAACUGGUCCUCUGGUAUCGGGUCGUAAAAAUAACAACAACGCCAAUGUCUACAGCAGCAAUGACGUCAUCGCUUCCAACAGUCAUAACGCGAUUCGACCAGUCAAGUCUGAAACACAUACGAGUAGUCAUUUAGCACAUGGCAGCAAAGAUAAAAAUAGCCUCGAUCUCUCCGAAAGUAGUGAGGUCAUGAACCCUAAUCCACCUGAAGUCUUUAUGACCGGGAACAUCAUAAUCAUCGGCUGUAACGAAACGGAAGUCAUAGAGAUCCCUCAGGACCUAAAGGACUAUGUUAAGGACAUGGAGGACAGACUUAACGGCAAGAAUAAAACAGACCUCAAUCAGAAACCGAAAACUAAUUUCUUGGAUAUCAUCAGAAACAAAAGCGACGAGUACUUGAUGAACAAAUCUCAUAGAACUGACGAGAACGCGUCUGUAAACUCAAGCCAUACCGGUCGUGAUGGGAAUGUGAAUACUGGGUUUAAUAUACAACAUACCAAUUCUGGAGAUAACAAUCGUACGGUAGAUGGGGUUUUCGGAUCAGAAUUUUUUAAUGGAACAGAUAGAUCUGCAUUUAACCCUAACUUAAGCUUCUCUCCCGACGACAACACCACCGGUUAUGAUAAUGAAAUUAUGUCUGAAAUUCACACCGAGCUAGUCAAUACUGCUCUAACAGAACUAACUAACUCAUCAGUUUUGGAUUACUUGAUGGUUAUACUGAAUGAAAACCUGAACAGUUCUAAAGAACUCCAGUAUUUUUUAAGCAAGAAAGUGUCAAAAGUUUCAACCGGUUCAGAUUCACAAAAUGAUUUCAACUUCACAAAGCAAGAAAUGACUGAACUGAUGAAUGAAAUAUUGAAGGAACAACCUAAUUACGUAAUUAAUGAUCUAAUUAACAACGUCUUAAAUCCAAGUGUUAAUGAAUCAAUAAACAUUCAAAAUUUCCUUCUCAACGCUACAUAUAACAUACUAAACCAAACUGAUCGUUUUCUUGACAUUAACGACACAUCAUUCUUUUUAGCGAACGGAUCAAAUGUAAUCAAUUAUGAAGAAUUUCGGCUCAGCUUUAUAAAUAAUACUUUUGAAAAUAGUUCUAGCAAUAAUAAUGAAGAAAUGAGAAAGCACUUUGAGGUAUUCUUCGAACAAUUAUUUCAACAAGCUAGCAAUAAUUCAAUGGGCGAGGACUUUAGUGAACUUGUAAAACACAACAUGAACUACUCUCAGAUGGUUGACGAAAUGGUUUACAAAGAACUAAUGAUGUUCAUGAACAUGUCUAUAAAUAGUAACAUGACAACACAGGAAGUGGAAGAGUUAAGUUCAUUGAUUCACGAGGUAACUGGUUUCUUUGUCGAGAAACAUCUUCAAAAUGUCCUUAAGACAAAAUCUAAUAACUCGAUGGUAUACGAACCAUUGGUGAACGGCACUUCAUGGGAAAACAUGUCGACGUUAGAAAUGGAAAUAAAUGAACUAAUUAGUAAAGUACACUCAGAAUUCCCAAACACAUCAGUGGAAGAAUUAUUUAGCGAAUUGUUGAAAAGCAAUGAAAGUCAUUUCGAGGAAAUUAAAGAUGCGUUAUGGAAGGAGCUUUCCUAUUUAACCAACGGAUCAUUUGAACAUAAUGCAACAAAAAUGAGUCUGCAACAACUAAUGGAGACUGUAAUGCAGGAGAUAGAGAAUGUAACUGUUAAUGAUAUGUUGUAUAAUAUUCUGAAACAUCAUACUAAUACUUCCUUCGUAACUGGAAAUAUCCUAGAAGGCAUGGGUAAAUCAAAUUGGGAUACUGACAAACGAAAUACGACAAAAGAAACUCACGAUUCGCAUUUUACCAACAAUACGAACUCUCAUGAAAUAGAUGUAACUUCAGAAACAAAAUGGCCGACUGCGAACAUUACUAAUGAGUCGACCCCUACAACUCAACCAAAUAUCAAGGACCUGAUCGACCAAGUUCUACAACUCUCAGCUAACUCUUCAGAAACUGACUUGAUUAAUCAACUUUUAAGCCUCAACCAAACCUACUCUCAAGAAAUAAAACACAUUUUAUUCCAAGAAAUGUCAACCCUUUUUAACACAACAUUUUUCAACAAUACCGGCAGUACCAAUAUGUCCAUCACCGAACAAGACUGGAAUCAGUUGAUAGGAACGAUUCUCCAAGAACAAACCGAUACUAGAAGCUUCGAAUACAACAUAACAAUCGACUCCAACGACAAGGCUACCGAUUUCUUGUCGCUUUUGAAUAACGAUACUUUGAAACAGCUGAACAAUCCAUUAAACGCAGAGAUAGACAAUUAUAUAAAUGAAAUGCUAACAAACUAUACCUCUACUCAACAAUUUUUAAUGGAGAUUUUAAGAAACAACACGAGCAACACAAUGAUUUCAGAUAUUGUAGCCAACAGUUUACAGAAACUAGUGAACUCGACCGGUUCGUUUGAUCAAAAUAACAUGACGAACCAGGAAUUGAAGUUUUUGUUAAAGUCGGUUUUCAUGGAACAACCAGAAAUUGUUGUCAAGGAUAUGGUUUUAACCGGUAACAAACACGACAACCAAUUUGAACAUAGUACAAGAAUGCCCUCACAUAGUCAAACAGAAGAAACUGGAAUAUCUGACCAUAGUGAGAAAACGUCAUCAUAUAAUCACCAUCCAACCACAUCAUCAUCUGACCACAGUAGUCAUACCACAACAAAUGAACAUAGAGAGAAUAGUUCAUCCUAUGGGCACGGUGUUACAACUGCCUCAUAUGAAAACAAUAGUAACAAAAACACACAAAAACAUAGAGAAAGCACUUCGACAUAUCACCAGAGUACUGGAAAACCAACAAACGACCAAAGUACUAGCAUGGUAGGGGAGGACCACACUUCCAAUCCAAAUCUAAGUGACCAUACGCAAAGAAAUGACUAUAUUGGCAGUACCCAAAGAAAUGACCAAACAGGCAGUACCCAAAGAAAUGACUAUAUUGGCAGUACCCAAAGAAAUGACCAAACAGGCAGUACCCAAAGAAAUGACUAUAUUGGCAGUACCCAAAUAAAUGACCAAACAGACAGUACCCAAAGCAAUAACCAAGCAGGCAGUACCCAAAGAAAUUACUACAUUGUCAGUACACAAAGAACUGACUAUAUUGGCAGCACUCAAAGGAAUGACCAAAAAGACAGUACCCAAAGAAACGACUAUAUUGGCAGUACCCAAAGAAAUGACCAAACAGGCAGUACCCAAAGAAAUGACUACAUUGGCAGUACCCAAAGAAAUGACUACAUUGGCAGUACCCAAAGAAAUGACUAUAUUGGCAGUACCCAAAGAAAUGACUAUAUUGGCAGCACUCAAAGGAAUGACCAAACAGGCAGUACCCAAAGAAAUGACUACAUUGGUAGUACCCAAAGAAAUGACUACAUUGGUAGUACCCAAAGAAAUGACUACAUUGGUAGUACCCAAAGAAAUGACCAAACAGGCAGUACCCAAAGAAAUGAAUACAUUGGAAGUACUCAAAGAAAUGACUACAUUGGCAGUACCCAAAGAAAUGACCAAACUGGCAGUACCCAAAGAAAUGACCAAGCUGGCAGUACCCAAAGAAAUUACUACAUUGUCAGUACACAAAGAACUGACUAUAUUGGCAGCACUCAAAGGAAUGACCAAAAAGACAGUACCCAAAGAAACGACUAUAUUGGCAGUACCCAAAGAAAUGACCAAACAGGCAGUACCCAAAGAAAUGACUACAUUGGCAGUACCCAAAGAAAUGACUACAUUGGCAGUACCCAAAGAAAUGACUAUAUUGGCAGCACUCAAAGGAAUGACCAAACAGGCAGUACCCAAAGAAAUGACUACAUUGGUAGUACCCAAAGAAAUGACCAAACUGGCAGUACCCAAAGAAAUGACCAAACUGGCAGUACCCAAAGAAAUGACUACAUUGGCAGUACCCAAAGAAAUGACCAAACUGGCAGUACCCAAAGAAAUGACCAAGCUGGCAGUACCCAAAGAAAUGACCAAACUGGAAGUACCCAAAGAAAUGACCAAACUGGCAGUACCCAAAGAAAUGACCAAACUGGCAGUACCCAAAGAAAUGACCAAACUGGCAGUACCCAAAGAAAUGACCAAACUGGCAGUACCCAAAGAAAUGACCAAACUGGCAGUACCCAAAGAAAUGACCAAACUGGCAGUACUCAAAGAAAUGACUUCAGUAGCACUACACAAAGAACCGCCCAUGCCGACAAUACCCACACAGAUUCCCCCACUGGGCGUACUCAGAACCUUGACCACUCUGAUAGUACGCCAAGAACUGUCUUCAGUGCCGGAACUCCAGCAUACGACAAAACCGACCAUACUUCUUUUGACCACACUGACCCUACCAUAUACGAUCGUUACAGCAGUACAAGGACAGCUGACGACAAACUUAGCACCCCAAGAUAUGACGGGGGUGUUGGAAUCACAAGCAAUGACAAAAAUCCUAGCACCCCAACUUAUGACUACAAUUCUAGCGGUCGCCCGUAUGACAGCAGUACUGGCAACCUACCUUAUGACUACACUCCUAGAAACCUACCAAAUGACCAUAGUAGUAGCAACCUACCAAGUGACCACAGUACUGGCAACCUACCAAAUGACCACAACACGACUCCAUCUUAUGACAACACCGAUGACGCCAAGAAUUCCAGCCUCACCUCAGAAAACACUAACUCCUCUUCCAGUCUAUCUGUUGACGUUUUAAAUAUUUUGAAUAAUAUUUCCAGCAAUUUAGGUCUCAACAUGUCUAUUUCAAACCAAGAUUGGCGUAACGACACACAAUACGUCGUUAAAGAAUUCGUGAAAUCAAUAUUUGAAGGGCAGUCGAAUAUUACAAUAGACAGGUCUUUAAACGGAGCCGCGGGUUUUGAUUUUUUCGAAUCUGCAAACACGUCUGUUUCUAAAAAUAACUCCGAAAUUAAUAAUUUCAUUUUGGCUCUUUUAGGAUCUAAGGUUAACGACUCGUCUAUGCUUGAAGUGUUUAACAAUACGGAUAUAGAUGUGCGAGAAUAUAUCGGGUUAGCUCAAGACUUUUUAGGUAAUACUAAAUUAAACUCUUCUGAUUUAGAUUUCAUUUCAGUUGUAUCUAAAGAGAUUUAUACUCUGCUUCAGACAGAUAUUAUAGAAAUCAGUAACGUGAAAGAUGAAGUUAAACCAGAGAACGAAAUGGAGGUUCUGCUUGAUUCGAUUAGUACUAUGUACGGGGGUAACAAAGACGCGGUGGGGAUUUUGAAUCGAUGCAGGGAAAUAAUAACAGUCGUAGCCGCGGCUUUUGGGGAGGAAUCUAGCCAAGAAGUUCAAGUUCUUCAAGACGUUAUAGAAAUUAUGACAUGCACUCUAGCUGGUAACGCUGAAGCAGCAAUAAGAAAACAUAGAUACUUCAUGGAAAACGGUUACCAAAAUAUGGCUGAAGUUCUCACCUCAGUUUUCCAUUCAAAACAGUCCGCAAGUCGAAUGUUCGAGACGAUGAUGGAUAUGGCGAAUAAAUUAACAACGAUGAUUGGUGGGUAUAACAGUGUUUACAGUACAAUCGAAAAGAAAUUUGAUGAGAUGUUUGAGAAACAUGGGAGACGAAUGAGGUACCCAUCGUUAGGUUCAGAGGAAAGAGACGAAUCCGGAGAUGAGUUCAAGACUCAACGAAAACCGAAGCACGGGCAUCAUGUUGAUGAUAAGAAUAACGUUGACCGUAAUGAUUCAAUGUAUGCUCGUCUUUUUGGUAAACAAAUAACAAAACACGAAAAAUCUAACCAUACAUCACAUGCUGAAGUUAGCAAUAAAACCGAAAACCACGCGCAAAAGAUUACAAAUAUGAAGCAUGUUCCGCGUAGCUUAGCAAAUCAGAUUGAAAAAAUAUUUUUAAACUCUCAGUGGGCUGAAGACAUUGGAAUCAGGAGUUCUAUUAUCCGUAUCUUGAUUUUAGCAGACGAAUUUCUGUCUUUGUUGACUAGACACGACAUGUACUCAAUACUUCACGGUACUCGCGUACAUCUAGACAGAGUACACUGUGUUGUAUCGGCCACACAAUGUUAUCUAGUCCAGCGGGAUUUGACAAAACUCGGACACAAAACGAAAACUUUGUGGAGAAAAGUUGAAGAAAGCUCAUCUUCUACUCAGUUCUCGCACCUUAUGGAAAUCCUGAAACUGACCAAAGAACUCUACACAGACGUCUCAUUCACGUAUGAAAAAUGGAGCGACAGAAUGAAUGAAUAG